CCCUCCCAGCCGCCGCAAUUAUUUCCCUGAUCGAAGGCGGUAGGAGACAAUCAACGACACUGUUUUACACCUCAAGCAGAAAUUCGAGGCCUACAUGCUAGAUACGGCGAUCACUUCCGCCAUAUCUUGAGUUCUUGCAUGCAAGAGAAGGAUUUGAUGCUUAAAACAGACAAAUGACGAUUCCUGUCGCGAGCGCGUUGUCGGCGCGUCUUCCGCAGGUCCUGGACCUGAAGCUUCCACCAACCAGCGACUUGGUCCAACAGCCGCUGCAGAAAUGCGUUGGCCAUGCAUAUAACGGCCAUCACGAUGGAGCAUACACGAAAUCGUUCAAGUCCCCGAGUCUGCCCUCUCUGGACGUUGAAGAGGCACCGCCGAGCUACAACGACUGCGUGAACGAUUGCCCACCUGAUUAUACCGAUAGCGGCACACUCGCGACAUCAGUUUAUCACCCACCGCCUUAUGCAUCAUUAUCACCCUCCUCGGUCUCAGAGAAACGUUCUGAGGAUCCACUUGGACUACACGCGCCGAGACUCGACUUUGGAAAUCGUGACAACUUGCGCGAACACAAGAAGAAGAAAAAGGGCGCUGCUGCAGCAAAGAACAAAUGGGACAGCGAUAACGAAGAGGAGAAGAAGCCUGAAGGUGACAACACCGGCGAUCAACCAGGCGAUAACGGCGGCAGUGGAGGGGCUGAUGGCGUAGGAGGAGAUGGUGGCGAAGGAGGAGGCAAUGACGAUGACGAUUGGGAUGACGGCAAGAAGAAGGGCAAGAAAGACAAGAAGAAGAGUGCCUUCAGCUGGGAUGCCCUAGAAGAUGAGGAAAUCAAGGACGAGGAAGAGAAGAAAGAUGAUCCAGCUCCGACCGAAGAAGCUCCCCAGGAAGAGGACGAGUGGGCAACAUUUACAACCGCAGCCAGCAAGAAGAAGAAAAAGAAGGGCAAAAACGCCGAAGUCGAUCCUCCAGCCGACGAUCCCAAAACCGAAGACGAUCCUCCAAAGGUCGAACUGAACUUCGGCAACAGCAAUAGCUUUAGCUUCGGAAGCGACGGAGCUUGGGGCUCUAAGCCAGCAGAAGACGACGGAUGGGCUACCUUUGGUGCCAGUAAGAAAGAGAAGAAGAAGAAGAACACCAGUGCGUUUGAUUUUGGAUUCGGCGAUGCUGAAGGGGGAGAAAUGCCGGGAGAGUCUGCACCACCGCCAGCAGAGGAAGAAUCGAAAACGGACGACAAUCCGUGGGCUGCAUUCAGUACUGGCAAAAAGAAAACGAAGAAGGGAGGCGCUGUCGAAGAGCCGCCCCCUGAACCUGAACCUGAACCCGAGCCCGAGCCCGAGCCCGAGGUUGUUGUCGACUUUCAGAGCCCAGAGGAACCCGUUGACGACUUCAGCUGGGGUAUGAGCGCAAAAGACAAGAAAAAAGCAAAGAAAGCCGCGAAGGCUGCUGUCCUCGCUGAGCCAGAGCCUGAGCCUGUAGCCGUCGUCGAAGAAUCACCACCUGAGCCAGAGCCCGAAGUUCCCCCUGCUGAUCCUGAACCAGCUCCAGUCGAGGAUUUCAGCUGGGGUAUGAGCGCGAAAGACAAGAAGAAGGCGAAGAAGGCCGCCGCGAAGAAAGGAGGAAACGCUUUCGAGUUCAUAGCGGAGCCCGAGCCCGAACCUGUUCCAGCUGUGGAGCCCGAGCCCGAGCAUCCAGUCACCGCGGCCAUUGAGGAGCCCGUUGGAGCGGCUCCUGAACCAGAACCUGUAGACGAUUUCUCUUGGGGAAUGAGCGCAAAAGAUAAGAAAAAGGCGAAGAAAGCAAAAAAGAAUGCUUUUGACUGGUCGGAACCUGAUCCUCCUGCUGCGCCAGAACCAAUUCCCGUCGAUCCAUCCCCUGCAGCUGCGCCUGAGGAAUCUUCUGCGCUUGCCAUACCAGAGCCUCCUCAAGAUGAUUGGUUUGGAUGGGGCACUGCUGGUAAGAAGAAGGGUAAGAAGGAAGACGUUCCACCAGAAGUGUCUCCGCCUCCGCCUGCCGCUCCAGAACCAGCUGUUGUAGAAAGCGGCAGUUCAUGGUCUUUCGGCUGGGGCUCUACUUCGAAAAAGGACAAGAAGAAGAAGAGCAAGUCUCCAGAGCCCGAACCUAUCCCAGAGCCUCAAGCUGAGCCUACUCCUGAAGAAAACCCAGUCGUGAUGGUUCCAGAGUCUGUUGACGAACCUAAAGCAGAAGGAGAUGACUGGUCUGGAUGGGCCACAGGCAAGAAGGCAAAAAAGAAGGGGAGCAAGAAUACGCCUGUUGAGAUUGUAGAGCCUAUAUAUGACGUUCCCGU